AUGAUCGAACUUCGGCCGGGCGAUGUGCUCACGUUCGGCGACAAAGAGUUUCAGUUCCAGAUGCCUGCGAUUAAUAAUGUACCUAUUGUAAGUUUGAUUUUGAAUUUUGAAGUUUAAAUUAUUUUGUUUUUGGUUUAAAAUUGUUUUUGGAAUGUAAAACCAAAAAUUUUGAAAUGUUUAAAAUUAAAAUUUUAAAUUUAGUAUGACAUUGCUAAUUUUUACUGUGAAUGUCUUUAGCGUGCCAAAAACAACGUUUUUGCUAUUAACUUGAAGUGUGUUUAUUGUAAUGGCAUGAUGUACUUUUUCUAAAGUUAAUUGUAAAGAAAUACAUAUCUUGUGAUACGAGCAUAUUACUACACUAUUUAGUCGUAUUAUGUCAAAGUAAUCGCUAUCAGGCAACAUUUUAACUGUUUUAUACAAAAACAUAGCGUUUUAUAGUCCUUUCACCUUACAUUACCAUCAAGAAUUACACUGCAUUCUGUUUUGCAACAAUGUAACCAAGAUACGAACAUGUAAAUAACCAGUAAAAGGCAAUAAUACGUUUGUUCUUAGGUUUCCAACUCUAAUAGGUAUUUCCCCUUUCGCUCCAAAUAAUUUACUCUUCUCAUCUACCACAUAAACAUGUGUAUGCGUACACAUACGACGCGGCCGGAUUAUGUAUGUGUAAGCCUGAAGGGAAAUUUUAAAUCUCCUGAAUUCUUAAUUGUUUUUACAUUUAAUUGUUAUUAACAGAUGAUUCUAGCUUUGUUUUAAAGCUGUAUGUUAAGCUUUGAUGUUAACAUAGAGGGCUUUAAUUUUUGAAUUUAAAUUUUUUAUUUAAAGUUUAAAAAACCCCAAAAUAUUUGGGUUAUGUUACCUUCAAGAACCGUAACUUAUCGAAAUUGUACUUAAUAUGGUACACUUAUAGUACUCCAAAUAGUACCGCGCUACAUUCCUCAAUAAAAUUUUUAAAAUUUAACCAAAAAUUUUAGUAGUAUUUAUGACCAGAUCCCAUGCUCUUGACGCUAAAACCGUUCGUUUUUUACAGACCAAUCAGACUGUGGAAACUGGUACGGUAAAACGGAAUAAACUGUCCAGAAGAGCUCAAUCGACCGGUGGAUUGGCUAGGAUGUUGGAUAGCAAUGCAAAUGGAAUCAGUCUACCUGUUGUUGGGGUACGUUUUUACUUCGUUUUUUAUUAUUUGCAUAAUAUAAGGGACGAGCUAAAUACAUCGGAUGGAAAGUAUCAGACAAAAAAUGCGAUUUCUUGUCUGAUAUUUUCGUCUCUGAUUUUCCCGCUAUCUUUUUUUUCCUCUCGUUGCGGACGGCAGUUAGAGAAAAAAAAGAUCGUUGAAAAAAAUAUCAGACAAGGAAUUGCAUUUUUUGUCUGAUACUUUCCAUCUGAUGUAUUUAGCUCGUCCCUUAUAUUAAAAACAACAACUGACCGCAGGGUAGAGUAACAGAACUUUUUUGGAAACUUUUCAUCGUAUAGCAGCGAAAGAAAUAAAUAGGCUUUUUAGCGCCACUUUUGACGAAGUGUAAAAUUUUAUUGUAUUUUUUAAUCAACACUUAUACAAACAUCACAUAAAAAUAAACUUUAACUAACUGUAUGGCAAUAUCUGCCGUUUUCAGGAAAAAAUCCACCCCCACAACUUUAGCGAAAGGUUUAACCGCAUACCCAUCGCAAACCAAAGAUUAUGUAAAAUCAGGGCUGAACCAGUACCUAGACUAUGUCAAACAGGCAAAUCACUGUCACAAGUCGCAGAUGAGCCUAUGGAAUUGGCGAAAAAUGUCGGGCGCAAACCGCCAAAGAGCAAAAUCAGUGAAAUUUCAGGAAAUCGAAGCGGAGACAAUUCUUGCCGAUCUGAUUGGUAUAAUGAUGGUAAGUUUAACAUUAUUAACAAUGAAAGACACCAAAAGUUUAAAAAACAAUUUUUUAAUUUUAAAAAAUAUUAUUUUUUGUAAUAAAAUUUGCUUGGAAGCAAAGUUAUUGCCUAAUUUAACAAUUUUUGGAUAUAAAAAUUAUAUUUUAGGUUCAAAUGGAGGCUCAAUUGACUCUUCAGCUACUCAUUCUACUGGAAAUCAAUUAGUUCAUCGUGUUAUUCGGCUACAGAACGAGCUACAUCGUAAAGAACUUGAAGUAGCAAGAUUAAAAGAAUCUGCAUCCAUAUUACCUAAACUUAGUAAUGGCGAUGCUCAGAAAAGGAAUUGUAAGUAUAAACUUUGUUUGUAUCAUAAGAAGUGUUAGAAAAUAUUAUUUUUGAUGAAAAAAAUUGUUUAAUGGGGCUUCUUGUUGACUUUGAGUACCUUUUUCCAGCUUUUUUAAAUUAAAUAACAAAAAAAAAUUGUCUUUUUUAUGCCUAAACAUUAACCUAAGCCACUACGACCUCAAUUUCCUUCCAUUAUAAACACUUAUACCUCUAAUAUUAACCUUCACUUCAGCCCUAGACAACGCUGCCUUAAGUGUGAUUCGAAUCAAUGAGCUUGUGUACCAAACCUUUUUCGUGGUCUCUUGUAAAGAGCUGCAGGAUAUCAGCCAACGACUCACUGAAACAGCUCUGAAGAACAAUGGCGAUAUAUUUGGAGAAGCCUACAAGAUGCUACAAGAACCUUUCAGCUUUCGACUGAUGGAAGUCAAUUCGAAAUGUGGCAUAAUCUUCGAAAAGUCCGACAUGAGUCAAGACGAGAAGGAACAACUUUUUGACAAGUUUGACCAUUUCUUCAGUGAUCAACUCAAUGUAAGUGUUAGUAUAUAUAUAUGGCAGAGUAAUGUAAUGCAGGACAGCUUCGGAUAGGCUUGGGUGUGUUAUCGUAUAUACAAUAGAAUAGUUUAAAACAGGACAACAUUAGAGGUUAGACAACACAAGGUCAUCCUUCUUCUAGAAGAAAUCUUUGUAAAAAUCAUACAGUAACUUAACAAAAUAUUAUACUAACCCAAUACUUUUCAGCCCAUUUCAAAAGCAGUUGACAGUAUCUUGCCAGUGCUGCGAGAAGCUUCUCAACUAGCCCGUGAGUCUUUGCGAGCUGAAAGUGUGUUCAGCCAAUGGGCCAAGGACUUUGCCAGUCAACUACAGCUGCAGCCAGGAUGGGACAUAAUGGAAUACCGAGUAGAUGAUCUGCUUUUGAAAUUCAAAAAUCAUAAUCUAGGCAAACAUUGGCUACCACAAGUUUUGGUACCUAUACUCAAGGUCAUGAUAUACGAAAACCGGAAUUUAGCAGAGGAAAUUGAUAGACAAGGUAAGGGAAUUUUUUUAAGUUACUUUGUUUUUAAUUUUAAAAAUGAAAUUCUGGAUUUAAUUAUUCAUGUACCAUAUUGUAGGUAAAGACCACAGUCGCGCACUUCGCGCUCUAACCGAGAAGCUUGAUGAAAUUCAGCAAGCCUUGGACAAAGAACGAACCAUAAACUCGAUGCUACAAGAGAACAAAGAACGUUCAGACCUAGUACGCGAACUUCAGAAUCUGAGGAUAGAAAACCAAUCGUUAAUGGAGAAGUUAAGGUUGUACGAGGAAAGAAGAACAAAGCUUUUAAGGUCGAAGAGUCAAGGAGAACCCACCAAAAAACGUACUACAAUAUCGUCGACAACUGUGCCUUAUGACAUUGAGACAAGAAUCAUGAGAGACGCUUCAUUAGAGAGCAGAAUACCUACUCCUGGCAAGGCGAAUGGAAAGGACGAGGAUGGGGUUAGUUUAAAACUAAUUCCUAACUAGCUAUUAUAAUCCAAAUAAAUUAAUACAAGUUUUGACAAAACUAAUAAAAGUAUAAGCUAAAACAAUAUCAAUUCCAGCACGAUACCGUGAGUUCCUGUUCACGCUGUAGUAUCGAAACAGAAGUCGAAUCUUCACAUUCACUACAAGUUGACGAACGAACUAAAGUUUCUUCUGUCAAAAAUGCAGUAGGCGAAUGGGAAAAACGGCAAGAUAAUGAACCUACAGCCGAAGAAACAUAUGCUUCAACGCUAAUAAGCAAUAUCACCAAGGACGUCACGGGCAGAUUAGCUAAUGCUGUUAUUGGCGGUGUUGCUACCGGUGUAAUCGGACACAAAACGGAUGUAAAGCAUGAUAAUGGAGGACGUAAUGUAAUUCCGGAGAUUAACGAAUUGGGAGUUUUGUCGGAAAGCUCGAGUAUCGAGAAGAAGAGUGAGGAUGGCGUGGUAGUUGAUGAUAACAAUCCAAAUCAGCCGAUGCCAGAGGUCGCAGACGAUGUUAACGUUGAAAAACAAAGUCAGCUUCAAGAAGAACCAUAUAAUCUAAAGUACGAGAUGCUGGAGCAACAGAUGGCAAGAAAAGAAGAUGAAAAUGAUGUCAACUCUGAUAAAGACAACAAAACUUUAAAUAGCCAUCAUCAAGGUCAAGAUGACAUAAGUGAAGGGUUGCAGAAUAGUGUCGAAGAGAACAUUAGCAAAAGUCAAAUGGCACAUCUUGGAAUGGAGAAUUCGGCUAGCGGUGUUGUGGAUGAUAAAAGUCAACGAACAGAAAGCCAAGAAGAUGAUAACCAAAGUGUUAGUCAACAAAGUUCCCACAAGUUCUUCGAGGAGGAUACAGAAGACGAUGAGACAAUUAGAGAAGUCAAAGAUGCCCAUCGUGACCUGGAGCAAUUUGAAAAUCAAACUUCUGAUUCUUCUCAAAUGAAUAAGGAAUCACCUGAGAUUGAUGAUGAUGCUAGAGUAAAAAGAGAGGUUAACCAGAAAAAUUAUGACGAUGCUGAUGAUACUGUAGACCAGUACGAACGACAAGAUGAUGUGAGUGCUCAUUCUUCUCCUAAAAGUCAGAAUUCGAAUCGAAAUGACGAUAAAAGCAAUGAUUCUGAAGCCAAAAACCAUGGUGAAGAUAGAAACAAUGUCUUUACAAAUGAUGUCAAUAAAGUUGAAGUUAAUACCGACAGAAAGCCAAAAAACAUCAGUCGAGAAAACUCAUCGUCCAAAAUAGAUCAUGCACAAGCUUUAGCUGAAGAAUACAACGCUUUGCACGACCACAAUGAUAGGCAGUCUACAGUUUCUGAAGUUGACUAUGUUAUCCAUGAUAAGCCUAUCAAUUCGUUUGCUCUUAACCAAUACUUGAACUCUACUGAGCAUCAAGAUGAUGAAGUUAAUGAAGAUGAGGAGUUGAACAAAGAAGAAAAUUAUAGCGAAUAUAACGAUGACAAUGAGAAUGAUAACGAUGAGAUUGAGGGCCAUAACAAUGACAAUAUGAACGACAAUGAUCCCACCGAACAAUCAGAAAGAAAGCCUUCAGUAGUCGACGAAGAAGGUAACGGUGAAUGGAAAGAGUUCUAUGACGUGAUACGACAAGCCUCUACAGAAGAACAGAAACCCCAUCCAAUAGAACGCCGAGUUACCGAGCCAGCUAUGUUGGAGAAUGCGGUACUUGAACAGCCAGAAUCCGCACGUUCUGGAUGUACAAAGCGGGCAGAAUCCGCAGAAGUUUUAAUGUCUGAAGAUGUAGCGGUUCGAAAAGAUACGAAAGCAACGAACGAGGAUGUUGAGGAUGAGAUUUUGGAUGAAGAGGAGGAAGAAGAGAAGGACACCAGUUCAAAGAGGAAAAAUGCUUUCGAAGUAAGUGUCGUGACUGUGUUACGAUACCUAGGUUUCUUUAUGUCACAUAGUAAUUAAAAGUUUAUUCUUUUUCAAGUAAUAAUUGCAUACGAUCCACAAAGUUAUGCCCCAAAAACCUCAAAAUUUUAGUUUUGGGAACUAGCCAAAGUCCUAGCCGAAGCCUUGUCAGUUGACCUGCCCAACCGUGAUGAUGCCGACUUCACGGCCAUCGAUCAAGACGAAGGCUUCUACAUUGAACGUCAUCGACGUGAAAUCGCGGUAGACACCAUCCUGGACAAGUUGCGAGAAAUAUUGCAUAAAAUACGACGUCAAGAUACGAUAAUGAGCAGACAGACUAGUAUAAGGUCGGUCAAAUCUAUUGAUGAAGGCCGAAAACACGACUACGACAAUAUCGAGGGAUAUCGGCCGAUCAAUGGCGGAGUCAGAAGCCCACCGAUUGCUGAGCAAUUCGAGUAA